AUGACUCCCACACAUUUCGCCUUUUCCUCAACCUUCCUUCUGGGCCUAGCCGGCCUAGCAUUUCAUCGAACCCACCUCCUUUCCGCCCUCCUAUGCUUGGAGGGUAUAAUACUUUCACUCUUUAUUGCUCUCUCCCUCUGGACCCUCCAACUUAACUCCGUCAGUUUUUCAGCCUCCCCCAUACUUCUUCUGGCUUUUUCAGCCUGCGAAGCAAGUGCCGGCCUCGCGCUACUCGUCGCUACUGCUCGAACCCACGGAACAGACCGACUCCAAAGCCUAAAUCUACUACAAUGCUAA